AUGCUCACACAACUUUUCUCUUCUUCUUCUUCAGUUAUUCAUGUACCAAUCUAUAAAUUAUCCAUUGUUCUUCCAGCUGAACAAGAAUUUGUUCAUCAAAUAAAUAAUACAGAUAUAUCGACAUAUUAUUCAUGGCCAAAUACUGUUCAUGAAUGUUCUGUUCAACAAGCUCAAUUAUAUCCACAAAAAUUAGCUCUUGAACUCGAUGAACAAUCACUUACUUAUAGUGAAUUAUUAUAUUCUGUAUAUUGUUUAACAAAUUAUUUAACUGAUAGAAUUCAACCAAAUGAAAUUAUAUGUCAAUGUGUUGAACGAUCUUUUGAAAUGAUUAUUGGUAUGUUAGAAAUCUUAUCAAGUGGUGCAGUCUAUUGUCCUUUAUCACCUUUGGAUCCACCAGAACGACUUAAAACUCUUAUUCAAGAUACAUCUGCAAAGACUCUUCUUAUUCAUAGUUUUACUUGGAAAACAAUUCUAAUGACUCAUACAUCAUGUAAUCUUAUUAUAACAGAUUCAUUUAUUCUAUUCAGUUAUAUUCGUAAUAACAAUGAUCAUCAUAUUACCAAGCCAAGAUCUGUUACAUCUGAUAAUAUUGCUUAUAUUAUUUUUACAAGUGGAACAACAAGAAUACCUAAAGCAGUUAUUAUUUCACAUUCUCAUCUACUUUUAUAUCUUCAAUCUUCUGUUGAAGUUGAUGCAUUGCGUACAACUGAUAGAGCUAUACAAUUAUCAUCAUGCACUUGGGAUGUUCAUAUUCAUGAAGUAUUUGGUACUCUCCUUAUGGGUGGUACUGUUAUACUUUUACGUUCAGAACAAGGAAAUCGUAAUAUGGAUUAUUUAUCUCAAAUUAUUGAAAUUCAUCAAGCAACAUAUGUUUGUAUUGUUCCUACAUUACAAAUUCUUUUGUUUGAUAUUGUAGAAGCACAAAAAGCAUAUUCCCGACUCAAUACUCUUCGUUUAAUAUGGUCUGUCGGUGAACCAAUCUCAUCUAGUUUUAUUGCUCGAAUUCUACCUAUGUUACCUAUUGGAUGUCAAUAUAUAAAUUUUAGUGGUGCUACAGAAGGUACAGUCAUACAAAUGUUUCAUGUUGUAACAAAAGAUGAUGGACUAUCAGAAUCAGGUACAGUUCCAUCAGGUCAACCCAUGCCUUAUUUUCGAUGGCAUAUAUUGGAUAAAUUUCUACAAAUUAUACCAAUCGGAUACAUAGGCGAACUUUUUGUAAGUGGACCUAUUAUGAAUGGUUACUUAAAUAGACCUGAUCUCAAUAACAAAGUAUUGAUUCAACUUCCAGAUGAACCUGAUAAAAGCUAUAGAACAGGUGACUUAGCUCGAUUAAUACCUUCAACUGGUAAAAUUCAAUUAUUGGGUCGGAAUGAUUUUCAAGUGAAAGGAAAUGGACAACGAGUAGAAUUAGAAGAAAUUCAGGCAGUUAUUUAUCAAUCUAAUUCAUCAAUUUCUAACUGUGCUGUCAUUAAAGUAGUUGAACGUGGACGAGACCAUUUAAUUGCAUAUAUACAAUUAAACAAAACAUCUAAAUCAGUUCCGUUUGAUGAAAAAUUAAUUCGUAUUAAUUGUCAAGAUCAUUUACCACAAUAUAUGGUUCUAUCUCUUUUUAUUCUAGUUGAUCAAUUACCAUUUAAUUCUAAUGGAAAACUAGAUAAAGCAGCACUUCCUAAACCUAAUCUAUCAUCAUUACUUUUACCAAUAAAUAAUGAUGAAAUUUCUAAUGAUCAAGACAAUGAAAUAUCAAUGACAAAUGAACAACAACUUGUACAUGAUCUUUGGUGUGAUAUAUUACAAUUGGAUGUAGACUCAAAAAUACCUAUUAAUCGUUCAUUUUUCUCAUUGGGUGGUAAUUCAUUAGCUAUAAUGCGUCUCUUUGCACAAUAUCAAAUAAAAUUUUCUCUUGAUACUAAAUCUUCGUCAUCAUUUAAUAUUGCUUCUUUAUUUCGUCAACCAACUAUUGCUGAACAUACUCAAAUUCUUCAACAAUGGCUUGAUCAUACUUCUUCUCAAACUCAUCAACCAACUCAAUUAUAG